AUGGCAACCAACGGAGUCAACGGUCACGUUAACGGUCAUGUAAACGGCAAUGCAUCAUAUGAUGAAGUUGUUCCCAUCACAAACGGCAACGGACAUGCCACAGAGACCGCUUCAACACCAGUGAUCUCAACCGUCCGUGGUCCUUUGGGUAUCGAGUCUGCCAGCUUAAAAGGCAAAGUCGCGCUCGUGACCGGAUCAGGGCGAGGAAUCGGCCGCGAAAUGGCCCUCGAAAUGGGACGCCGAGGAGCAAAAGUCGUCGUCAACUACGCCCACAGCUCCGAAGCCGCCGACGAAGUAGUAUCCCAGAUCAUAAAAUCCGGCAGCGAAGCCAUCGCCAUCCAAGCCAACGUCUCCAUCGUCAAAGACAUCAUCUCCCUAUUCGCACAAGCGAUUGCGCAUUUCGGCGAGCUGAACAUCGUCUGCUCGAAUUCUGGAGUUGUGUCGUUUGGCCACGUUAAGGAUGUUACGGAGGAGGAGUAUGACCGCGUGAUGAACAUUAAUACGCGUGGCCAGUUCUUUGUGGCGAGAGAGGCUUAUAAGCAUCUUUCUGUUGGGGGGAGGUUGAUCUUGAUGGGGAGUAUUACGGGUCAGGCUAAGGGCGUGCCGAAGCAUACUCUGUACUCUGGAAGUAAGGGUGCUAUUGAGACGUUUGUCAGGUGUAUGGCUAUUGAUAUGGGUGAUAAGCAAAUCACAGUCAACUGUAUUGCCCCCGGUGGAAUCAAGACCGAUAUGUAUCACAAGGUCUGCAGAGAGUACAUCCCAGGAGGAGAGAAGCUCAACGAUGACCAAGUCGACGAGUACGCAUGCACAUGGUCGCCAUUACACAGAGUCGGUCUCCCCAUUGAUGUUGCGCGCGUGGUGUGCUUCCUUGCCAGCCAAGACGGCGAAUGGAUCAAUGGAAAGGUUCUGGGGAUUGAUGGCGCUGCGUGCAUGUAG